GAGUACCGUGCGCACAGGGAAAUUGGUCGAUCUAGGGUUUGGAACUCCGGUGGCGGUCGAAGGUGAGAUGGCGAGCCCUCUUCCGGCGACUUUGCCGGAGAAGCUUGAUGGAACGGGGUUAACUGGCGCUAGGGCUUCGCCGUCUCCAGCCAAGGGAGGGAGUUCUCUCAGGGAGGAGGCCAUCUGGAAGCGGCUUAGAGAAGCUGGGUUUGAUGAGGAGACGGUGAAGAGGAGGGAUAAGGCUGCGCUGAUCGCAUACGUUACCAGGCUCGAAACUGAGAUUUAUGAUUACCAAUGUAAUAUGGGGCUUAUUUUACUGGAAAAGAAAGACUUGGAGUCUAAAUACAAUGAAAUCAAAGCUGCUUCUGAGUCAGCUGAGAUAAUUUAUACGCGUGAUAAAGCUGCAAAUAUCUCUGCUUUAGGUGAAGCAAGGAAACGCGAAGAGAACCUGAAAAAGGCCUUAGGAAUAGAAAAGGAAUGCUUAGCGAAUAUUGAGAAGACCUUGCAUGAAAUGCGUGCUGAGUCUGCUGAAAUUAAAGUUGCUUAUGAAAGUAAGUUGACUGAAGCUCAAUCAAUGAUGCAAACUGCACAAAAGAUGUUUGAUGAGGCAAAGUCCAAAACGCAUGAGUUAGAGGCUGCUCAAGCAGAAGGAAGGCGUCGUCAGAAUGCUGCUCUAAGAACCUUACAGGAUGUAGAGGCUCGUGAAGAUGAACUUAGAAGACGAACUGUUUCUUUCCACUCUGAUUGUGAGGCCAAAGAGAAGGAGCUCAGUCUUCAGAGGCAAUCUCUGAAUGACAGCCAUAAGAUAUUGCGUCAAGAGCAAGAGAGAUUAAUGGAAGGGCAAAGCCUGCUCAAUCGAAGGGAAGAGCAUCUCUAUGGAAGAUUGAAUGAAAUAAGCCGUGCUGAGAAAGAAUUGGCAGAAGCAAGAUUGAAAUUCGAAGAAGAUUCAUCAAUUUUAGGGGAGGGAAAGGUUAAGUUGGAGCUUGAUGUGUCUGCUUUUGCAGCAGGAGAAGAGGCUGUCCUUAAAAGGGAAGCUCUACUUGACAAAAAGGAAAGGGAAUUGCUUAUAUUACAGGAAAAGAUUUCUAAUAAAGAAUUUGAUGAGAUGCAAAGGCUCAAAGCCGAAUAUCAACGUAAUAUUGAAAGGAAAACUUGUGAGUUUGAAGCUGAAAUGGAGCAGAGAAGGAAAUCGUUAGAGGAUGAGAUAGAAGUGAAAAUUAAAGACUGCAGUGCCUGGGAGUUUGAGCUCAAGCAGAAAGAGCAACAAAUUAUGAAGAUGGAAAAUUCAGUUAAAACUGAUCUCCAUGCCAUUUCAGACAAGCAGGAGGAUGUAAUGAAGAAACUCCAGCUUUUAGAGGAAAAAGAGAAAUCUGUACUUCUUACAGAAAAAUCUCUCGAAUCAAAGAUGCAGAACGUACAAAAAGAAAAGGAGGAAAUUAAUAAGAUGCAUGAAGAACUUCGUAAAGAGAAGAUUACACUUGAAGAUGAGAAGAUGCAACUUCUUCGUGCAGAGGAGAAACUAGCUAUCUCUGCUAAUGAGAGAAAUGAGCUGCUUGUAUUCGAAAGAAAAUUGAAAGAAGUGAUUGAUAGCUUUAGAUCUCAAAAGUUGGAACUUGAAGUUGGAGCGGAAAAAUUGAAGUCAGAAAAAGAGAAAUUUGAAAUAGAAUGGAACCUAAUUGAUGAAAAACGCGAGGAGUUGAGGAAAGAAGCUGAUCAAAUAGUUGAAGAGAGAAGAACUGUUGACAUGUACCUCAGGAAGGAACUUGACAGUUUAAAUGCCGAGAAGGAGAACUUGCGCAAUCAGUUGAAGCAAAAUGCUGAAUCCUUGUCUCACGAGCGGGAUGACUUCUUGAGAAAGAUGGAGCGAGAACAUUCAGAUUGGUUUGUCAAGUUUAAUAAAGAAAAAGAAGAUUUUCUUAAUGAUUUUGAGAUUCAGAGGAAAGAGUUGGAAAACAGUAUUUGUAGAAGGAGAGAGGAAGUUGAAAAUUAUUUGAGAGAAAAAGAGGAAGCAUUUGAGAAGGAAAAGAGCAAAGAGCUUCAGAGUAUUGCAUCUCGGAAAGAAGAGAUUGCGAAACAGUUGAAACAUGCUGCAUUAGAGUUGAAGCAACUUGAAAAUGAGAGGAUGGAGAUUGCCCGUGACCGAGAGCAGAGACAGACUGAGUGGUCUGAGAUAAAUCAUUUUAUUGAAGAGCUUAGUGCGCAACGGGAGAAGCUACAGAAGCAAAGGGAAUUAUUGCGUGCUGAUCGUGAGGAAAUUGAUAAACAAAUUCAGUAUCUUCUGAAAUUAGAGCAUUUAAAUAUUGAAUUAGAAAGUAGAAGUCUAUAUACUGAUAAUCCAACAGUGAAUAUUGGAAAUCUUCCCAGUAGAAAAGAAUUUUAUCAUAGAGAAGAGAAAUAUAAAUCAAAUUUUAGUCAAAAUCUUUCGCCACUGAGCAAAAAGAGGCGUGCCCAUGCAGCCUGUAAUGAUUCCAAGUUAGAGCAUGAUAGAAAACAUCUGAAGAAAUUGAGCCCAGAUGAUAAUAAUCAAAAGCUUGAGGAUCCGGCAGCAAAAGAGGCUCUUUUGAAGGCUGCUGGAUCAUCUGCUGUGCUUCCACUGGCUGAUGAGAAGAAAGAAGAUGUAGUAGGAUGCAAGCAUCAAAGCAGUGAGGAUAUUGUUGAAGAAGGGGACCAGCAACCAUCUCUAGGGGCAAAGAUAAAGAAGUUUUUCCUUUCUUGAUCUUAUCACUAAGGCUCUGAAGUGUCAACCAGUUAGAGACGUAGAGGAGGUUUUGGUUUUAGUUGGAUUAGUGGCUGAAUAGGGUUUGUUGUUGUGCCAGUUAUAUGUUGAUUUUUUGUAGCAGAAUGCAUCUGUAUGGAUUGGUGAUCUCAGCUAAAUAUUUUUGGGAAAAUGAAUGAGUUUCGACGUUA